AUGUCCAAAUCUAAUUUCGAUCCUUAUGCCCACCUCGGCAUUGUCUUCAAUCCAGAUGGCUCCAUAACUCGCCGCCUCAGCUUACCCAAAGUUGAACCAAACCCUGAUCCUGUUCCAGACAACCCCACUGUUUCCAAAGAUAUUAUUAUCAAUCCUAAAACUAAUACGUGCAUUCGCAUUUUCAGGCCAGUCAAGAUACCUUCCAAUGACAACACUGUCGCUCGCCUUCCCAUUAUAAUUUACUUCCAUGGAGGUGGAUUUAUCCUCUACUCUGCCUGUGAUGUUGUGUGUAACCAAAACUGUUCCCUAAUGGCAAGUGAAAUCCCUGCCAUUGUUGUCUCUGUUGAUUACCGUCUUGCUCCUGAUCAUAGGCUCCCUGCUUGUUAUGAGGACGCCGUUGACGCCAUUCUAUGGGUUAAGCAACAAGCCGUUGAUCCAGAAGGCGAGAAAUGGAUUAAAAAUUUUGGAGAUCUUUCACGGUGUUAUCUUGGUGGUCGUGGUAAUGGCGCUAACAUUGUGUUUCAUGCAGCUUUACGAGCAAUGGAUUAUAAUUUAGGGCCUAUGGAAAUUCGUGGACUGCUUUUUAAUCAGCCUUUGUUUGGUGGCGUCCAAAGAACAAAAAGUGAGAUUAAAUUGGCUGCGGAUCCCGUCUUGCCAUUGCAGGUACUAGAUGUGUUGUGGGACCUAUCACUGCCAAAAGGGGCUGAUCGUGACCAUCGAUUUUCUAAUCCAAUUUUAGAUGGCCCACACAAAAUCAAGAUCAGUUCAUUACCGCGAUCUUUGGUGAUUGGGUUUUGUGGGGACCCAACCAUCGAUCGUCAGCAACAAUUUGUGCAAUUGCUGGAACUAAACGGAGUCCACGUGGAAGCACAAUUUAAUGAAGUUGGGUUUCAUGCAGUGGAUGUCGUAGACAAGCGACGAGCUCUUGCGGUGCUUAAGAUGACCAAAGACUUUAUCUUUUAA